GCAUGGUGAGCCUUUGCGCCGCUUGCAGCAGCGUGCGGAGGGGUGGCUGCCUGCACACCUAACUCACGCGCGGGUGGCGCGGCCUUACUCGUGCGGGCGUCGCUCGCGGCCGGCGAGCCAAAAGUGGGUGGCUGCAGCCUAGCAGCGCAGGCCGGUGCUGCUCCUGCGCCGGGGCCGAGUCAUCGGCCCCGCUCCUUCGCAGCAUCGGACACCCGCGUUUCCUUCCUGACGACGGCACCCAGCACACCCCGAGCCAUCCCCUACGCCCCGUCCCUACGCGCCCUCCUCACAGCCACAGCUCGUCCACUGCACGCUCUCGCAUCGCCCGCCAUGGUCCUGCCUCUGCGCCUGGCGCGUGCGCGCCUCGCCGCCGCCACUCCGGCAUCGCCGGUGGCCGCCGCCGCUGCCGCCGCCGCUCGCCGCUCCUUUGCCGCUGCCGCAGCGCGCCGCAGCAGCGCCGCCUCAGCACAGGCCGAUGCCGGCAUGGCCACGCCCAACACUGCCAGCCUCACACAGCCCAAGGGCGCGCCUCGGCCAGAGCCCGCACGGAAUUUCCAGCAGACCCCGUCGCCCUCGCCGUUGACGUCGCGCUCGCCGACCGAGCUCGACUCGUCCUUCGUCGGCAUGUCGGGCGGCGAGAUCUUCCACGAGAUGAUGCUGCGCCACCAGGUCAAGCACGUCUUUGGCUACCCGGGCGGCGCCAUUCUGCCCGUCUUCGAUGCGAUCCACAACUCGAAGCACUUUGACUUCAUCCUGCCGCGCCGCGAGGAUGGCGCCGGCCACAUGGCCGAGGGCUACGCGCGCGUCACGGGCAAGCCGGGCGUGGUGCUCGUCACGUCCGGCCCGGGUGCGACCAACGUCAUCACGCCCAUGCAGGACGCCAUGAGCGACGGCACGCCGCUCGUGGUCUUCUGUGGCCAGGUGGCCACGUCGGCGAUUGGCAGCGAUGCGUUCCAGGAGGCAGACGUGAUCGGCAUCUCGCGCAGCUGCACCAAGUGGAACGUGAUGGUCAAGGACAUCAACGAGCUGCCGCGCCGCAUCAAUGAGGCGUUCAAGAUCGCCACCAGCGGCCGCCCGGGCCCUGUGCUUGUGGACCUGCCCAAGGAUGUCACGGCCGGCAUCCUGCGCAACGCACUGCCUUACUCCAGCACCACGCCCUCGCUCGCUGCCCUGCCCUCGCGCGCCGCCGCAAGAGCACCGCGCGCCCGCGCUCUGCGCCACUCGGCGCAGCCCGCCGCGCAGUCGGCCAGUCUGCCGGACGAUGCCGUCGAGAUCACGCAGGCUGCCAAGCUGAUCAACGGCGCCAAGCGGCCCGUCAUCUACGCCGGCGCCGGCAUCCUCUCGACGCCCGAGGGCCCGCAGCUGCUCAAGGAGCUGAGCGAGCGCGCCAACAUUCCCGUCACGACGACGCUGCAGGGCCUGGGCGCCUUCGACGAGCUCAACCCGCUGUCGCUGCACAUGCUCGGCAUGCACGGCUCUGCCUACGCCAAUCUGGCCAUGCAGGAGGCCGACGUCAUCAUCGCCCUCGGCGCGCGCUUCGACGACCGCGUCACGGGCCGCGUGGACAAGUUCGCGCCGCAGGCCCGCGCCGCCGCGCUCGAGGGCCGCGGCGGCAUCAUCCACUUCGAGAUCAUGCCGAAGAACAUCAACAAGGUCGUGCAGGCGACGUGCGCGCUCGAGGGCGACGUGGUGCGCAACCUGGCCAAGGUGCUGCCGCACGUCAACGCCAACAAGCACCCCAAGUGGCUCGGCCGCAUCGCCGAGUGGAAGGAGCGCUUCCCCUUCACGUACACGCCGAGCGACCCGGCCAAGGGCGAGUUCCCGAAGCCGCAGGAGGUGAUCGAGGCGCUCGACCGGGCGAUUGAGCCGCGCAAGGAGCAGACGAUCAUCAGCACCGGCGUGGGACAGCACCAGAUGUGGGCGUGCCAGCACAUCCGCUGGCGGUACCCGCGGUCAUGGGUCUCGAGCGGCGGCCUCGGCACGAUGGGCUUCGGCGUGCCCUCUGCCGUCGGCGCCAAGGUGGCGCGGCCAGACGCGACAGUCGUGUGCAUCGACGGCGACGCGUCGUUCAGCAUGACGGCCAUGGAGCUGGCGACGGCGCACGAGUUCAAUGUCGGCGUCAAGAUUCUCGUGCUGAACAACGAGUUCCAGGGCAUGGUGCUGCAGUGGCAGGACCUGUUCUACGAGCAGCGCUACUCGGGCACGCGCAUGACGAACCCCAACUUCACCAAGCUGGCCGCGGCCAUGGGCUGCCACACCAUCUACUGCGACGCGGUCGCCGACCUGCCGCGCGCCAUGAAGGAGUUCAUCGAGUACGACAACAGCCGCCCCGUGCUUUUCGAGUGCCGCGUGCACACCAACGAGCACUGCUACCCGAUGAUCGCCGCCGGCAAGGCGCUGCACGAGAUGACGCUGCACCCGUCGCUCAUCAAGAGCGACGUCGAGCCCAUCACCGCGCCCGCCUCGUAGGGCGCCGUGCAUCAAAAUACUGCGUGCGCGCACCACCGUGGGUGCGCGUGCCUUGGCUCGCUGUCACACGUCUCGUCUCUGUGUUCUCCCCCCCCUCUUCCACCGCCAUGACGAUUCUUAUUGCGGAGCGC